GCGACGUUGCCAUUGGUCCCUUAGAAUCACGUGGCGAGUGGAGUUUGCGGCAGAGGCCGGACGGGUAGCGGAGGGCAGCGAGCGGCACUGGAACAAAGGUUCGGUGGCUACGAUGGGCGUCAAGCUGUAUUACACCACCGUCACUGCAUCCCGGGAGGUGAAAUCCCAGCAGGCAGAGGUGAUGCGCAUCCUGGAAAGCAAGAGCAUCCCCUACGAGCUGGUCGACAUCUCUGUGGGUAACGAGGUGCGGGAGGAGAUGAGGAGCAAGGCGGGGAACCCUACUGCCGUGCCCCCCCAGAUCUUCAAUGGUGACCAGUACUGCGGGGACUACAAGAUGUUUUCAGAGGCAGUGGAGGCAGACACAGUGGGGGACUUCCUGAAGAUGGCAUGAAGACGCCCUGUUUCUCCUUGCUAGGACAAAUGCCAAAAAACACCAACCAAGCACACACACACACACACCAUGUUCGCAGUUAAAUCAAGGACGCGCCGAUAAGUGGAAUUGACCCCAAAUCAGUAACCAUUUCCCCACCCUUGUUAUCGUCUGUGGUCCUUAACAAAUGUUUAAAUGUCUUAAUUUUCUACUAAUAUGUCUUAAGCUGUAAUUAUUGGUUGACUUAAAAGCUAGAUGUAUGAUAGAUAGAAGAACAUGGACCACAAGUUGACCUAUUUUUGGUUUACAAAGAGGAAGUCAAAAGCCAAAUUAACAGGAAAAUAAUACUGCUACCAUUGUACUUUUCAUUCCUUGGAGAUUACAGUCCUCCGAUUUUUCCAAAGCAGCAUUGAAAUUGCGGACCUUUUCAGCACUUAAUGGUGGAGCUUAGGGUUGCUGUGCUUCUCCAGAAGGACAAUCCGCUGCAUUUUGAGGAGACAUAGCAUCCCAUCCCCCAAGCUGUUUUGGCGAGCAAACAGUUCUACUGGACUUUUUGCCGCUAUGCAGUGAAUCCCAUCAGGUGGGGGUGGCGUUAGUUUGCAUUUAUGGUCCUUAUUCAUAAAUUCAGUGGGAGCCUGAUCUACCCAUAUGAACCAGGCAGGAAGCAGCCUUUCUGCUGUAUGACUUAGUGCCAAUGACAUCUGUGAAGGCAGCUCCUCCUCUUCUUGGCUGCAGCUGUUUGACCCUGAACAAAGUUUGGUUCCCUUCGCCCAAAAUGUUCCACGCUGUAUUGGAAAAAUAUUGUUAAUGGGCUUUUCAGAGUCCUGCUUCGCAGUGGAUUUUGUCUAAUAAAAAUAUUUGAAAUGUAACAU